UCCCGCCGCCGCUGCCGCUGCUGCCCCCGGCUCUGUGCCCGUCCCCGGCUCCGUCCCGCAGCGCCUGGGCUGCUCCGCGCCGCGCUGAGGCACCACGAUGGCUGUUCUCUCCAAGGAAUAUGGCUACGUCAUGCUGACUGGGGCYGCCAGCUUCGUCCUGGUCAUGCACCUCGCCAUAAAUGUGGGCAAGGCCCGCAAGAAGUACAAYGUGGAGUAUCCGGCCAUGUACAGCACACACCCUGAACACGGGCAGAUAUUCAACUGCAUCCAGCGCGCACACCAGAACACACUGGAAGUCUACCCUGCCUUCCUGUUCUUUUUAGGCACUGGUGGACUCUACCACCCGCGGGUUGCCACAGGGCUUGGCGUCGCCUGGAUCAUUGGGAGACUCCUCUAUGCCUAUGGCUACUACACAGGAGAUCCCAAAAACCGAAGGAGAGGGGCCCUUGGCUCYGUGGCACUCCUUGGGCUGGUGGGCACAGGCGUGUAUUCAGCCUGCCAGCACCUGGGCUGGGCCUGCCACCACCAGGGCUGCCUGAGAAGCUGAAGGCAGUUUUCUUCUGUUUUCUUUUAGAACACUUGGCUUCUUGUGUUUUUCCCCUUUUCUUAUUCAAUAAAAGGAAGAUGUCAAUUCUGUAUUUUCA